UGUGCGGAAUGGCGCAAAUGGUGUGUGACGGUCAAGUCCAGUGAAAUGUGAACAUUUUCGUGCUUGCGAAAUGUAUUCAAAACUCGUGAACACGCUGCUUGGGCGUCACAAAUCGAAACCGGAUCUGGCCCAAUGUAAAUCGCAACCGGGUCCGGCUCAUGACCGAACUCAGCUGAACCCGGACGACCCGCACCUGUCAGCAGAUGGUGCUUCGGCUCCCACUCCACCUACGUCGACGCAUGUGCGCCAGCCAUCUUUCACCACAGCCGCUGGCCACGCCCUCUUGUUGGACGAUUGCCAGAUGAUUGACCACGCCCCAUGUCCAAAAUGUACUCGCGCAACAGAUAACUACGAAGUACCGGAUAUGCGGCAGCAUUUCGCGCUAUCAUGGAAUGUCAGGUAUCUUGGCUCAUUUCCAAUUUCUAACACAACUCCCGAACACGUGUCUUCACGCUUGGAAAACUUUCAAGUACCACCCACAUCCAAGCCCGUGACACUAUCGGUUUCACUUCUAGGAGUUCGAGUGCACAAUAAAGAGAAUGUCCUUGUUAUGUCACAUUCAUUGCGACGUGUCUGCAGUGUCAUUGGCCGAGCUCACCUCAGACAGGUUGCCUACACCGCAAUGGAGGCAGCUGGACAGACAUAUCGGCGACAGUGCCACGUAUUUCAGACCGACGAUAUUCAUCAGGUUGAAGAAAUCGAAUCGGUUUUGGGUAACGCAUUCCAAGCUGCGUUAGUCUCAAAAACCACAACACCAGCACGACCGGUCACAAUGGCAACACCGUUACCGGUCCCAUCGCUAUCGAAAAGCGACAAACGCUGUUCGUCCACUGCUUUCAUGGCUCGACUUCUAGGAAAAGGCAAAGAAACGAUUGAGGACAAGACUAAAAGAAAAAGAAGACCGGUCAGUGCGGUGUUUUCCAGUGCGAUUCAUAGACUUUCGUCAACCACUUCAAUUGCCAAUAAAAGGAUGAGCAGUGUUGAAUCUCCACCUCGUAAAGAUCUGCGUAGAGAGGAGUUUGUUGCUAAAGCGACCUCGCCUGUACCCGAAGAGCCGCUACCGCCAAAGGAAAAAAAGCCAGCUGAACCCGUACUUGUUUAUGAUGAAAAAUUAGGAGAAUGGAUAUACCCAAUCGAUGAGACUUUGCAAGCUCAACUGGAAAAUGUCAACUAUUUUGUGAAAUUACCAUCUAGGGAGCUACUGGUGCGAAAUCUUUUGUCGCAAUGCGAGGGCGCUUUUGUGGUUCGUUACUCAGAAUCAAAACGACGAUGUUUGGCAUUGAGCGUUCGUGUACCGCCAACACACAAUCCGGCCUGUAUCUCGCAUUAUUUGAUUAUUCGAAAUCAAAGUGGUUAUAGAAUCAAGAGCUCCGACAAACAUUUUCCAUCACUUCAAAUGCUAAUCACACAUCAUUCCGUCAUGCCUGAGAAAUUGCCUGUGGCGUUGGUGUUCGUCCAAUGGAACCCGUCAGAUUGGGUGGAAAAAUAUGAUUUGCCACAAGCAGUACCUUCUGAAGAAAAACGUCAUUCCUAUACCACUGCACACACCAAAUAUACGGAUACUACCGAUGAGAAUAGGAAUUCUAAGUACUACCAUGAUCAUGAGCGCAGAAUUGAAGACUACGUGACGCCGAAACGACGAUCGCGAAUCUACCUUGACAGCUAUCGUCAUUCAAGACUUAUUGAUAUUGCCUAACCUCCCCCCCCCCCCUUUUUCCCACACAAAAUCCUAUUCUCUGUGCAAAAGUCUGUGACUUUUAACCGGUGUGUUUCAGCUAUUCCUUCAGAUUUCAUGCAAAAUUUCUCUUUGUAAUGCGAAUGUUUUUUGCUAAGCUUCCGCUAUUUAAGUUUGUUUUUGUUUUUUUGAAGAAAUGAGAUAAUAGAAUAGAUUUGUCUGUACAU